AUUUAAUCUUCUCAUUCAAUAAUGAAUCCAGAUCCAAAUGAAAAGGAUAUGAUAGGAGAUCUUUUAGAUGGUAUCUUCAUUUUCCCUUCAAAUUUUAGAUAGUUUUGAAAAUGUAGCCAAAAUCAAAAAAACAUAUAUUUCAAAUAGACCUUCUACUAUUCAAAUUAAUUAGACAUAAAAUUAAUCUCCAAUUUAUUGUCCUAAAGUCUAUUCUCCAUAAGUACAAUAAAAAUCAAAGUUUUAAAUUUUACUAAUUAAGUUCUUAUGAUUUAGAUCUUAGACUUACUAAAGUUCCAGUAUAAUAAAGUGCUCCAAAUUCAGCAUUAAAGCCUAAAUCCUAUGUUGGUCUUACUUAGUUUAUUCCAGAUAAUGAAACUUCCUUAGAAGGAGAUUUAGUAUUAAACUUCACUAUUAUUUCAGAUUUCUAAAUGUAAAGAUUAAAAUGGGGCUAGAAACAUUCAAUAAGCCUUUGAAGCAGGUUCUUAGGCAAUCAAAGAAUAAAUUUUUAAUAAACUUGAAAAAGGGCUAUUAUCUCUAUCAAAAGAUGUCUUUGGGAAUUAUGUUAUAUAAAAUCUUCUUGAAUUUGGUAUUUUAGAAUAUUAUAAUAGGAACUCCAUUACAAUAAUAAAAAAUACUUAUAAUUUUGUAAACUCACUCUUAAUAAUUAGCUUUUCAUUAAUAUGGAUGUAGAGUAUUAUAAAAAUUAUUCUAAAAUGCUUAUAAUACUCCUGAUUUUCCUAUUUUAUUUGAUUCUAUAAAAUCUAAAGUUAGAGAGAUGGUAAUUGAUUAACAUGGUAAUCAUGUUGUUUAGAAAUUAAUCUAAUUAAUGGAAAGCAAAAUAAGUUUAUGGGUUUUAGAUGGAAUUGAAGGAUAAAUCAAUAAACUUGUUUUGAAUUCUUUUGGUUGUAGAAUUAUUUAAAAAGCUGUUUCAAUUUCUAAUAAUUAUCCAGAAAGAUAAAACCAAAUUUAUAUUGAGAUUAUGAAUCUAAUUUAUGAACUUUGUAUUUCAUAAUAUGGUAAUUACAUAAUUCAACAGUUAUUAAAGGAUGGACCUAUUCACAUCAAAAACUAAAUUUAAUAAAUUAUAAUGGAAAAACUAGAAGAUUAUAGUCUAAAUAAAUUUGGAAGGUAAAUUUCUAAAUUAAUCUUAGCAAUGUAGUUGAUUGUGCUAUCAAAUUCUCUAAUAAUUAAUUUAAACUUAAAAUCAUGGAGCUCUUACUAAGUUAAAAAAAUUAAUAAGUUUUAUUUGUAAGAUUAUCCACAAAUGCUUAUGGUAAUUAUGUUGUCUAAAAUUUUCUUAAAUUUUCAGAUUCAGAAAUUCAAAAAGAACUUUAUUAUAAAAUUACUAAUAACUAAUAACUAUUAUAAGAAAUAUAAUAAUAUAAAUUUGGUAAAUUAUUCAUAAAUAUUUUUAUUAGGACAAUUUGUUUACUAAAUGUUGACAUAGAAAUUAGAAUUAGAAACAUUUAAUUUAUGA